AUGUACAUCUCACAUGCUUGCCACACACACACAGUGUUUCACUCCAACUUUGUUGUUUUUAGCUUUCUCACGGAUGGUGUUGUUGGAGAUCUAGUUUUGUUAGAGUUUAGAACUGUAAAGGUUGACUAGUGACGAUGUAGCGCAUGCGCUGUGAUAGGCAUAACGUUAUCGCUUGAUUUAUAUAAUGAUAUACUAUCUCAGUCUUCAUCCGGAGUUCGUCCUGGUAAGAUCUCUCAACUCUAAAACAGAAGUGUUGUCCGUCGUCUUCGUCCACUUAUCUUGGCCCCAAAAGAAAUCACUUGCGAAGCUCCAAAUGAAUUAUGGCUACAUUUGAUACCACCAUUAACACAUUGUCCGUUUCCAACCUAAUGAUUCAGCCAUUAACCACUGAUGAUGAGCAAGAAAUUCAAGAUUUUUUCCGAUUGAUAUUUGCGGAAAAAAGGCAAACCUUUGCUUCCUUCCAAUUUAGUGAAAUGUGCAGAAACGUCAAAAUCUGGAUCAUUAUAAUAUUCAUCAUUACUACAGUCUACAUGUUGACAUCAAAUAUUAUUAUUUCUGUUAUACUAGGUAUUACGCUUGGAAUUACAAUAGCCUUAGAAUCGUCACGUUUGCUAUUACGAAGGCUUCACAGCAAACUUCACAACGAUUAUAGUCCGGAUGUAAUCAAUCCAUUCGCCUGGUCACGUGAAAAUAACCAUACAUUCCUGGUAGGAAAAAUUGAAGGUGUUCUAAUAGCAGCAGCGCUAUUCAAAAGAGGUUCGAAUGGAGAAAGACGUUUAGGAAGAAUGUUUGUGAGGAAAGAUCUAAGAAGUCGUGGAAUAGGAAAGUUAAUGGUGAAAAGAUGCAUAGAAAUGGCUAAAGAUGAAGAGUGCAAGAAGUUGCAAGUUCGUACAAGUUCUUUAAAUUCAAAGUCAGUUAAGUUUUAUAUGAACAGUGGAUUCAAAGUAUGUGGCACUGGUGUAUUGCUCGAGCAAUUUCCUUACAAGUGGUCGUAUGUUGAAAUGGAGAUGUAUCUUUAGA